AUCACUGGGUGCCAGUUCGCAUCUCGUCAAGGUCCAAACAUCAGGGGUGACGAGAGAGGAGUUAGAAGGAGCCAAAAGUCCGGGGUCCGUGCCCCCAUGGGGCCGUAAUUAUAUGAUAAGAUCUAUUUACAAUGCAAUAAAAGCCGUGUAUUAUAUGUAACCAAGUCUUAUAAGUUUAUCGCAGAGAAAUGCCCAAAUAUCCUUGAUUCAAGUAAAAUGUUUUUGCAUAUUCUUGUAAAAAUCCUUAAGAAACUUUUUCAGCAACUGCAAUUGAACAGAGCGUUUCCCGAAUUCUCCAGGAGACUGAAGGGCGUGGCCAUAGAAAAUCUUCUCAACGGGGUCCUGUUUUGACAAUCACCCAUGGGCCCGAGCUGCCUCUCGACGGCCCUGCCAAACAUUGACGGCCCAACUGGGAUCAAUGCUGUGAUUAAAGAAGCUCGUUUCAGCCCUUUGUGAAAUCAGUGGCAAAGAUAAGUACCGCAAAAAACACUGCAUAAUUUAAAUGCCUCGACUGUUAAUAUUUAUAGAUAGCCUGUGUUAUAUUUGCACAUUGAACAACAAAAUUAACCGUUGAAGAAUGGUCCUUUUCCUACGCUUAAAAUCAUGUACAACAACGUAACAAUAAAGUACCAGCCCAUCCUGUGAUUGGCCCAAACCACGACAAAAACAAAACUCCUAUCAAAAUGACUUUGCCACAGUUUAAAAUAUUUUACUGCGCAUGUCCAAAACUACAAUAAAUAAACGCCCUAAACUCAAUAGCAUAUAUUCAAAAACAUUUACAAUAACCCGGUCUCGUUUCAUAUACGUUCAGGUUAUUUACCUGUAACUGCUUAAAGCACGGCCAGUUUAUCUCUAUCCUAUUAAACGCAGAUGAUUUUCUGUUUAGGAAUGGCUAAUAAAGGAUUUCGUUGUACAUUUCUGCUUCUUUGCUGGGCUUGCUGGCUUGCAAUUGGUAGCAAAUGCCCGGAAAAGACAUUUGAAUCUCAUCGACGUUCGGUUACUGGUACAACUUAUGACAGUAAAUACAUCAGUAGCAACACGAGAUCUCUUACUGUUGCAUCCUUUUUGCAGUGCAUUCAGAAAUGCCUCGCCGCGUGCCUUUGCUAUUACGCGAACUACAAGAUGCAAGAGAAUCGCUCAGUUCUGUGCGAGCUAGUUAAGUAUCCAAGCUGUUCCGUGAAAUCGGGUGUUCUGAUCACUGAUGCAACUGGUUGGACUGCAGUCAAGUUGAGAGAGGAGAUAAAGACUUUGGAGGGGCUGAAAAACUGCUGUCCACCUAGAGAACUGGAAGAGAAGUUGGCAACCUUCUGCCAGCCCGUCUGUACAUCGUAUAUUGACAAAAAAGCGCAUUUUGCACCUUCAAUAACAGAUACUUCGUACCGCUGGCGCUGUUAUAAUUCCUCCUCGUUGUCAAGCAAUGGUUACUACUUUGCGGGGAGCGGGUCAUACUGUACAAGAGACGACAAGAUAAGGAUUAUUGUGAAUUCACAUCAUGAAAUCUCAUCGGCAGCUUACAAAAUAGGAGCAGAAGGGGAGUCCUGUGGAGCAGUUUGUGCGAAGCUGGGGAAAAUCUGCUCACCACACCUUCUAACAUUGAACAGCGUCUACCACUUUCACCGCUUGGGUGUUAGCUGUGAAUAUAACAAAAAUGCUGCGGACUGUUUUCAUUCUAAAGUGGAGCCCGCCUACUUGCCGGGAACAGGAGUCUGUGGUGGCUUUAUAAAUGUGCCACUAUACUAUGAUUGUGCCACAGGGGCUCAACCGGGUCUUCGAAGACUUUGCAGGUGUGUCGAUCCUGGUCCAUAAAUUGAUGCUUCUGAAGUCACAGACUCUAUGAUGUAACACGUGAAAAUGCGCUGCAAGACUUUUAAACACAGUUUUCCAUUUCAUUAUGGUAAUUACCGUCAUCAGCAAACCUUCAAAGAUAUUCGAAGGAGAUAUCACUUCACGAAAAUCUCGUACAUCUUUGCAAAAAUCCUUUUGUUUUCGAGAAUAAUCCUCACAAAGUCCUUAUAAAUCCUAUUGCUUUAAAAGAAUCGCGUACGUUGUUUGGUAAGAAAAUUGGUCCUUGAAGUAUUUGUGUUGGCUCCAUCACAAAAUUCAUCACAGCAUCGCACUCUCUGUCCCACAUGAAUUGUUAUUGAUUCAUUUAUCAAGGAUGAUGUUUGGACUUCAAACUUUGAAGAGGAUUGACAUCGAAUAUGAAUGCAUUGUUGCCAUCCUGAUUUGUUAUAAAACAUAAACAUGGCCAGUGCUUUCCAUUUCUCAUUCGAAUUAUUUUAGCAUAAAGCUUGCCUGUAGAAUCUACAUUAGUUCCGUGGCCUCCCUCAUAACUGUUUUUUGUGGUUUCUAGAUUUUCUGCACAGGGUACUUUUAUUAGUUUUUCUAUGUUUAGCUAUAAGUCUUGUUGAAUAGGAAGUUGAGUAGGUCCUAAAGAAAAAAUUGCUUAAAUUUUAUUGGCAUUACAAAAGUUACAAAAAGUGCUCUGUUUUAGUCACUUCAUAUUCAGCCAUUCUUUUUCAUAAUUUAGUGAUUUUGUGUUUAGUAAUUCACUUAUUAAUAAAUACCUAUUCACCGAUCUAUUCAUUUAUGUGUCUAUUUAUGUAUUCAUUAUUUAUCAAUCUAUUCAUUUUUAAACUGAUAGAUCAACUUAUCUAUCUAUUCUUUUGUUGCAAUUAUCUUUGUAGUUUUUUCACUGCUGGAGAUUUCUUGUACAAUGUGCAAGGCAGGUUGCUAGAUGUUCUAAUCUUGAUAAUAUAUUUGAUAAUGCUUUGUGUGAUAAACCUCAUUGCCUUGUCUUGACAUUCAAUUAGCCUCUUGGAAAAAGUAAAUUUCUAGUCAAUUAAAUCUUUGCCACCGGUGCCAUAUCUAAAGCUUCGUGUGACUUCUCUCAAUGUAGCCCUUCUUCGCAACUUAAAUUAUAUCGCCUGUUGCAAAAGCUGCCACUAGGAUAUGCAAUUAAGACUUAAAAAGGUUUUUCAGAUUUGAUUGAAAAAUAAUCUUACAAAAUGUUAAAAAAUAUAUUACUUUCUCCCAAUAAUCUGUACAUCAGAAUAGAAAUGUCUCCACCAUUAUUUCAUGGCCAAUAACAUUUUUUUCACUGAAUGAACAUUAUUUUCAUUUAGGAGCGAAGAUUUGACUUCAUUUACUAAUAGAUUCACUUUGCUGGUCUUUAUUUGCAAUAGUAAAAUACAAUUGGAGUGAAAAGGUCGCCAUCCAGGUUGCCAAACAGAAACUGAUAAAAGGUCAUUGUACUUUCAAGGGCAGACAUCUUUCAAUGCAUCGCCAAGAGAUAUAAGUUCACUGGAAUCUGGUGUAAUUUUUAAAUCACAGUUGAAAGAGAACUUUCAAUGCAAAGCUAGAGGGCAAUUUUAAUUCGAAGCCAUGUGACCGGACCUCAUGAUUAGGGCGCUACCGUAAAAAAUAAAAUUAAUUUAAAGAAGCAAAGAAAUAAAUGUGUCUCUUUAAGACGGAAGGCGAUUAAAAAUCAUUUUAAGGAAGCAACUAGACAUGGAACUAUGUCAAAUAAAGAAUUCUGGGAUCUUGUUAAACCCUUUUUAUCAAAUAAAGGAGGACUUAUAAGCAGCGAUAUUUCUCUUGUGAAAAAUGAUACCGUCAUAACAGAUGACCAAGAACUGGCAGAAAUUUUGAAUGAUCAUUAUAUAAAUAUAGUAGAAAAAUCCAGCGGUAAGAAGCCCAUUAGCCUUGCAAAAAAUACUGGAAUUUCUGACGACCGCCAAAUCGUUCGCUUGAUUCUUGAUAAAUAUAAAAACCAUCCUAGUGUCCAAGCUGAUAUUCAAAGCCCAGAGGAAGUCCUGGCUACUGUCACUUUUCAAGAGAUAGGCAGUCAUGAAGUUGCAAAACUAUUAAAAUCCCUGGAUGGCAAGAAAUCUACUAGUGAAGAUCAAAUUCCCCCGAAGCUUGUAUCCUUGGCUGCAAAUGAACUUACAAAUACUUUAACUACGGCAAUAAACUGUAGCAUUCGAAAUUUUCGUUUCCCAAACGAUGCAAAGAAAGCGGCAGUUUGCCCACUAGAUAAAGGGGAAUCAAAUCGUACAUUAGAAAGAAAUUUUCCGGCCAGUUAGUGUUCUCAAUACCUUUUCAAAGAUUUAUGAAAAAGUCUUAAAAAAUCAAUUGGUACAACAUCUUCAACAACAACACGCUUUCAGUCUUCAUUGCUGCGUAUCGACAAACGUAUGCAACCCAGCAUGUUUUGAUACGUUUGAUGGAAGACUGGGAGACUAGCCUUGACAAUGAGUAUCUUGUUGGUGCAGUCUUAAUGGAUCUUUCGAAAGCUUUCGAUUGUAUCCCACAUGAUUUGCUUAUCGCAAAACUGCAUGCGUAUGGAUUUGAGGAAAAUGCUCUAGUUCUACUUUAUUCCUAUCUGAAACAACUAAAUCAGUGUGUUGGGAUAAACAGUUCAUACAGCUAUUUUUAAGAGGUUAUGUCUGGUGUACCCCAGAGCUCUGUGCUAGGACCAGUCCUAUUCAAUGUUUACAUAGAUUAAUUAAUUCUAUUCAUAAAACAAGCAACGCUCUAUAAUUAUGCAGACGACAAUACACUUUCUUAUUUUUCUAGAAACAUGUGUGAUCUUGUAAAUACCUUGCAAAAAGAAACGGGAAUCGCCUUAUCAUGGUUAGAACAAAAUGAAAUGAUUGCAAACCCUGAAAAAUUUCAUGCUAUAAUUCUUAGGAAAUACCAAACAAAUACUAGUGGAGAACAAAUAAUCAUUAAUGGCAAAAAAAUUCAAUCUGAGGAGACAGUGGAGCUUUUAGGAGUAACAUUGGAUUACAAACUUGAUUUCCAUUCACAUAUUUCGAAUCUUUGCAAAAAGCUAUAACACAAUUAAAUGUUCUUAAAAGAUUGAAGACGUUUAUUGGUUUCCAGGAGAAAAAGGUUCUUGUCCAGAGCUUCGUAUAUUCCAAUUUCAGUUAUUGUCCCUUGGUCUGGUAUUUUUCAUCGUCUAAAUCAUUACAGAAAAUUGAACAGAUACAAGAAUGUGCCCUAACAUUUCUCUAUAAUGUUCAUACAAGUUAGUAUCGCGAUCUGCUUGUGAAGGCAGACAAAUGCACGAUGCUCGUCGCUCGUCAAAAAAUUCUAUGUUUUGAAAUAUUCAAAACAGUAAAACAGCUAAACCUGCCUUUUAUGCAGAGUAUUUUUAAAUUACGUUCGUCAAAUCAUUCAUUAAGAAAUCCGAAUAAUUUAGCCCAUGUUACACCUAAUCAUCGACGAACUCUACCGCAGAACA